AUGACAUUGAUACAGUACGGCCUUGUAGCCAUUGCGCUCAUCGUCCUCACCAAUCUCCUGAAGCAAGCAAUAUCCUCCUCCCCAACUGCCCCUUUCCCAAAGGGUCCGAAGCCCCUCCCAUACCUGGGUAAUCUCCACCAGAUACCACUAACCAAAGCCUUCCUCGCUUUCGCGUCGUGGUCCCGCUCCCCCUCGACCUCCACUUCAGAUGGCAUCGUCGGCUUACAACUCGGUCCCAAGGCCCGCGUCGUCAUCCUGAGCAAGUGGACGCACGUGCGCGACCUCUUUGACUCGCGCGGCAAAGGGGCCAUUUAUGCCGACAGACCCUUUUUUGGGAUUGCUGAUUAUGUCAUUCCUAAACCGCCAGGUACAGACCUCCACCUCGUCUUUGCGCGGUAUGGUGCGAAGUGGAGGCGGGCGCGGCGGACGGUUGUGGAGUUUCUGAGCGAGAAGGAGACCGACCAUGUGCUGAGCAUCCAGGAUGCCGAGAGCACCCAAAUGAUGUGGGAGUUCCUGGGCCUAGGCGAUAAUGCCGAGGGAGACGGAUUGAUCGCGUACCAUCGUUACGUGCUGCGGUAUUUUGGCUCUGUGAUACUCGCCAGCGUCUUCGGCCUCAGGAGUAAAGACUCGGACGAGAAGAGCAGAGUGGGGAGAUUCUUUGCUAUCCAGGAUGAGUGGGCUGGAAUACUCGACCAGGGACAGGCGCCACCGAUAGAUAUCUUUCCGUGGCUGAACUACGUGCCUGAUUUCCUCACGCCGUGGAAGGGCUGGAGGGAGCGAGCAAACUUAGUGAAGACGAACCAGAGCAAACUGUACCAUGAGUUGUUCGCGGAAAUGGAGGCAAGAGUGAAAGCUGGCAAGACGCAAGACUGCUUCUUGGGCAAGCUUCUCAUUAGCCAGGACGCUGCUGUCAAGGCCGGUCGGGACAAGGACAUUUUUACACAGCUGGAGUUGGACUAUAUCGGCGGCUUCCUUAUGGAGGGCGGUGCCGACACCACCGCUAUGGCUUUUGAGACGUUCAUACUGGCUAUGGCAGCGUAUCCCGAGCUACAAAAGCAGGCGCAAGAAGAAGUUGACCAGUUUUUCGGCCAGGAUAAGAUGCCGCACACGGCUGACGGGAAGAAUUUGCCCUUCCUGAAGGCUUGCUUUUUUGAGGCCUUGCGCUGGCGACCGUCUUUCCCAAACGGUGUUCCCCAUGCCAAUACGGCCGAUGAUGAAUAUCAAGGGUUUUCAAUCCCGAAGGGGACGACCGUGAUUGCGAACACGUGGGCCAUUUCUCACGACCCCGAUGAGUUCGAUGAACCUGACUCGUACAUGCCAUCCCGAUACCUCGCCAACCGCUUUGGAUGUAAGACCAAAGAAAACGACGCCGGAACCACAGAGGCCAGCCAAUUACUCGACUCGGCCUCUGUCGAUGCCGCUGAAAUCUCCAGCUCCGGGCGAAGGCAGACCUACAGUUUUGGUGCGGGAAGACGUGUAUGUGCGGGCCAGCGAAUGGCCGAGAACAGCAGCAUGAUGAACAUGGCGAAGCUCAUGUGGUCAUUCGAUGUGGUCUACGGAGGCGUUGGAAAGCCUGACGUCGACGUUCAAAGAGCAUGGAGGGACUCGCUCCUCACCGGACCAAAGUUGUUCCCGGUGAAAUUCAUCCCUCGGAGUGAGAGCAAGAGAAAUAUCAUUAGGCAAGAGUGGGAGAAGGCCGAUCAGUUCCUUAGCCAAUUUGAGUAA